AUGUAUGAUUUAUCGAAAUCAUUUGAUAAGAGAAAAACAAAUUCGCCAAUUUUUGCUUCAGCUAUUAAUCGGAUUCAAACAUUAGUUAAAUCAAUAAAGAGAUCAACCAUUUAUACUGAUAACUAUAUGUCUACUAUCGGCUUUGAAUACGUAGGCGAUGGAGAUACAGCUCGUUGUAAAGACUGCGGGCUUGAGAUAGCCAGCUGGACAUUGGACAUGGACCCAUUCACUAUUCAUUCAAAGCGUCAACCUAAUUGCCUAUUUGUACGCUCUUUAGUACCAAAUUCAUCAUCAGAUGUGCCUGUGUCGUUCACAUCACCAUUAAUUACCACCCGAAAUACACUGAUGUCAAUUACAGAAGAAAACACUUUUAAAGGUCAAAAAAUAGAAACGAUGAAUUUCCAAUCUGUAUCAAAUAGUUUGCUUGAAACUGAUUUACUUAAACAAGUGAGGAGGCGUACCUUUUCUCAUUGGCCACAUCGUACUGUUCCAUCAAGUGCACAAAUGAUUGAAGCUGGAUUUUUUAAUUGCAAUAUUGGUGAUCGAGUAAUAUGCAUCUAUUGUAACCUUAUUGUUCAACAAUGGACACCAUAUACUGAUGAUCCAUGUGAAUUACAUAAAACUCUAUCAUCGAAUUGCAUAUAUGUCAGAGCAAGAUUGAUGCAUCCUGUAACUUCAUCAAUAACUAUUGUCAACGAAGAUUCAACGACAACAACUUCAGGCAUUCCUUCAUCAAUAUCAAAUAAUCUUAGCUCAAUACAAUCUAGUGAUAUUGUAUUUAGAGCAGCAUGUAAUCCUGCUUAUUCAGAAAUACCCAAACGGCAUGCAUCAUUCGCUUCAUGGCCAAAUGAAAAUUUAUCACUAGUAGAUAAUUUGGUUCGAGCAGGAUUUUUCUAUACAGGUACAGAAACCAUUGUUACUUGUUUUUAUUGUAAUGGGUCAUUACAAAAUUGGAAUUUAAAUGAUAAUCCAAUGAUUGAACAUGCUCGUUGGUUUCCAUAUUGUGCAUAUGCUAAACAAUUGUGUGGAGAAGAUUUAUAUCGUAAAAUUCAAGAAUCUAAACGAAUACAACAACAACGUGCCAAAAUUAACAAGUUAAAAGAGAGCACAGGCUUAAAUGAUCUGGUAAACAUUAAUGUAACAGCAAAUAGUACACAGUUAUUAAUACCUGAUCAAAGUACCUUAUCCAGACUUGUCACAGCACGAUUAGACCUAUCGAUGUCACAGCGAUUAUUAAAUCAAAAGUUUAAAUUAUCGAUUAUUAAAAAAUGUUGGGAAGAUCAAUUACGAAUAAAACACGAUGACUUUACAUCCGAUUGUGAUUUAUAUAUUGCUUGUUUAAUUCUUCAAAAACAAAUCGAACAUAUUGAUGGUAAGAAAGAAAAUAUUAUUAUACAAAAGGCAAAAUUGCACAAAAAAAUAUCAAUGAUACCUAAUGCAGCUGGAUCUAUACUAAAUUUAACAGAUGGUGAGAUAACUAUGUCAUCGCAAUCAUUAACAAAGGAAUCUGCAUAUUCUCAAUCUUCUAUUAACACAACCUUAAAAUCAACGAACAGUGACAAUGGGCGUGAAACACAAAUAAAUAAACAAAUAACUAGUAUCAAUGAUCGAAGUGAAUCAAGUACUUCAGAGUCAUCAAAUCUUUGUGUUCUAUGUCUGACAGAGGAAAAGCAAUUGGCUUGUGUGCCAUGUGGUCAUAUGGCAACAUGUGUUGCAUGUGGUCAUUCACUGCAAUUGUGUCCAAUAUGUCGACGACAAAUCAGCGCAUUUAUUAGAAUUUACAUAUAA